AUGCCUUCCCUCGUGGCCCAACCUACCAUGUCAACCUCCAACGACGCGCUCUCCAAGCGCAGACGCUAUCAACCCGCAAUCACAAGCUUCUUCCAAUCUCAACAACCCGAGUCGCACAUUGUUGAUGGAACACCCGUCUCACACAACCACUACGCCGCCGCAACCUUCUCCGCAACCCCCGUCGUAUCAGAAGGAGUGCAAUCUUCCCUUCUCUCGGUCGGAAUGCGGGUCCGCAAGUCCGUGGCAGACGGAUACAAGACCCAACGGUCGCUGAAGCAGGAGAAAUCCAUUCCUCCACCUCUUGUUGCGAAGACCCCCACCGCCGAACGACUUGCAGGCAUGUACAGCAACGAUGAACUCACCCCGUUCUCCGGCAUCUCUAAGUACGAUCAAUCCUUCGGCUCUAGGUCUGGUCACAUCGUGAACGAUGAAGGGGACGACUACUCUCUCCCACCGAGCAGUCAAGAAUCCGUCGCAUCUACAAACUCCUUCAACUAUGACAUGAACAACAGCCAGAAACGGACAUUUGUUUCAGACGAAUUCGCCGCCUGGGAAGACAGGAGCAAUAUUGCUUCUCGCGACGCCCCUACUGGUCGACACAUAUUAGCACCAGGAAUGGGCCAGCAGCGCCGUCGUAUGCUUGCUUUGCGACGACCCAGCCAGCCAAAUAUGGAUAUCGACGAUUUCGAAGAAGCUACUUUCCUGCGACCUCUGGAGGAGGUUGACGCUGAUUAUGCGCGGAUGGAUUGGGCUUGA